AUGUCGGCCAUUUACAACCUCGAGCCGCAACCGACGGCGUCCGUCAUCCUGCACACCACUCUAGGCGACAUCUCUGUUGAACUUUUCGCGAAGCAAACGCCACUCACUUGCCGUAAUUUCCUCCAGCUGGCCCUCGAUGGCUAUUACGACAACACGAUUUUCCACAGACUCGUACCGGGAUUCAUAUUGCAGGGUGGUGACCCGACAGGAACAGGUAACGGCGGCGAGUCGAUCUACGAUGGAGGCGCAUUCGGCGGCGAGCUGGAUCCCUGGCCGAUGGAUGAGCGACGAGGUCAUAACGCCGGCCCGACGGGCAUUGGCUUCAAGGAUGAGUUUCAUUCAAGAUUGAAAUGGAAUCGGCGUGGCCAGCUGGGAAUGGCAAACGAGAGCAAACCCGACACGAACGGCAGCCAGUUCUUCUUCACGCUCGACAAGGCGGAUGAGCUUAACAACAAGAAUACUCUGUUUGGUCGGGUGGCCGGCGAUACGAUCUACAACCUGGCGAAGAUGGGCGAGGCCGAAGUGACCCCAGGCACCGACAGGCCCACGUAUCCAGUCAAGAUCACGAGCAUCGAGAUCCUCGUCAACCCGUUUGAGGAUAUGGUGAAGAGAACGAGAGUCGCGACCCAAGCCCCGAAGACGGUUCCUGUCGAGAAGAAGAAGAAGAGAAAGGGCGGGAAACAAUUGCUGAGCUUCGGAGACGAUGAGGGAGAUGCUGAGGAGGUCCCGGUGCUCAAAAAGACAAAGUACGACACGAGAAUAGUGAUGGACGUUGACGAUGAAGAACCAGCCGAGAAGAAGCCGGCUAAAGCCAAGUCGAAAUCCAAGGCAAAAGUUGAAAAAGUUGGCACCCCGGAAACCCAAAGUCGUCCCGACUCCGAGCCUGCCGAGGAGCAGAAGACAGCAUUGCCGAAGGGAAUUUCAUCAGACGAGAGCAAGAGGGACAUUCCUAUCCGGCUUCAGGAGUCACCACCACCUGAGCCCGAGGUUCGGAAUACCAAGUCCGCCCUGGAGAGGACCAACGAGGAGAUUGCAGCGUUGAAAGCCUCGAUGAAGCGGAGCUAUCAGCCCGAACCGGUCAAAGAAACAAGGAAAUCAGCACUGGAAAGCAUGAUUCCGGAAACAUCAAUUCGAGGCAGGAGGAGAAGGCCCGGCGGCAAUGGGAACCCUCGUGACGAUCAGCAAGCGCUUGAUUUUCUGAAGGCUUUCAAAUCAAAGCUGGAGCAAGCUCCGGAGGGGAAAAGCAACGGAGCCAGCUCCUUGGAUGGCGACGUGGCUGCCAGGGAGGAAAAAGCAGGGGACGAAGAGGCCGAACUUUGCGAUCUGCACUUUAUUGCCGAUUGUCAGAGCUGUAAGGCGUGGGACCAGGCCGCCAAGGAAGAUAGCGACGACGAAGGGUGGAUGUCACGCGCGCUCAGCUUCAAGGCGGAUAAGCUGGGCAAGGACCUCAGUUAUCGCAAAAAGGCUGAGGAAGAACUGGUGGUGAUCGAUCCCAGAGAGAAGGCCCGGACGCUGCAGGAAGAGAAGAAGGCAUCGAGAGAGGCCCGGAGCGGAAACUCCGGGCGGGAGUGGGACAAGGCACGGAACUCGAAAAUGGCACGAGCGUCGGCUCUCGCGGGGAGAGGGGCCAGGUAG